AGUGCACGUAGUGGGGUGUCGUCUUGUUCCCGGUUCAUCCUGCCGCGUCGUGUUACCGUGCGUUCUUCGCGUCGAGUCGCGUCUCUCGGUGUCGCGCCGUCGCGGAAAGCGCGUUCAUUCGUUUCAUUUCGCGCACGCGAAACGUCUGCAACAGUCGCGCGUUGUAGCGCGACAAGUUCGCGCGUGUCUCUCGUCUUCUCUGGUGUACAUACUGUAUAUCGUGUGAAACGUUUUGUGCUGAGUUCUUUCAAGAAAGUUCUUUGGAGUAGCUGCAAUAGAAAGAGAUAAAAGAGACCGCAAAGCUUCGAUAUUGGGCAGCGCCGACAAGCAUCCGCUGCAUCGAGAUUCUUCAAAUUUUCAAGAUACUUAGCGCGCGUGUGUCCGAACCGCGACUGACAUGCCGUUUCUUUCAUAAGAGCAGCGGGACAAUGUCGACGAGCACCGCUCCCGGAGGCGGCGGUGGAGGCGUCGGCGGUGCCCUCAGCCUGAUGGGCUGCGUGAGGGAGGCCUCGCCGCCCCCGCAGAACCAUCAUCAGCAUCAUCAUCAUCAUCAUCAUCAGCAGCAGCAGCAGCAUCGCGCCUUCGGCCUCGGCGAGUUUCCGGCGGCCCAGCACAGCGUCGAUCCUCUGCCCAAAGAACCAAAGAAGCGCCGUUUUCAUCCUCUGCGCGGUCUCCGGAAAAUUUUCCGACGGAAAAGCCGCGGCGCUGCUGAUGCGCGCCUUGUUUCCAAUUCGGGCGAUCGGGAUGCCGAAUUGGCGCGCCUCCCGCGGGAGGAUGUUACAAUGAGGCAUCCUGCAGGACGUCCCGAGGAAGCUCGCAGCAGGAGCGCGAGCGAACUGCUCACCGAUUCCUGCGACCGGGAAAGCGUAUUCCUCCGCAGAAGCGGCGUGGAGGAUAGCUUCAUAAAAUUACGAGGAGGCGCCGUAAAAUUGUCAGUGUCGCACGAUAGCGUUUUCCCGGGAGAAGUCCCUCACACUCGUCCUCUCUCCUCGCUGGCCAACCUGGCGACGCUCGAGCGGAGGCAGGUCAGGAAGAGUAACGAGAUCAUCGAGCACAAGGAGUACAAUCAUCAUCACAACGCACAAAGGCACCGGAUAUCCCUUCGGGUACUCGAGCAAAUAAAGACGGUCAUAGAGAACCGGAACCAACUGGCCUCGGCGACCUCGCCGGAUACGUCCAGCAUAGCGCACGCUGCCGGCGAGCGAUAUCAGCAGGAAACCACCGAGAACCGCUUCGCAGUGUUCGAGAAGCAUGGGGAGAGGAGCGGCGCGGAGGAGAGCCAGCAGGCAAAGAUUACGAGAUCAACGAAAGACGCGGUUGAUCGAACCGUUCCGGUGGCCAAGGAAGAUUUACCGCAAUUAGAAAGCGCGAGUCUGAAUCACACGGCGGCGCAUCACCGGAUUUCUGUGCGUCCGAAGAAUCGACGUCCACCGCGUCGCACGGCGUCGACGACGACGUCGUUCAACGCGGGCGGUCCGAGUUCGCCGUCGAUACCACCGACCAUCGCGGAGGACACUCUGGACAGUCUGGAGCAACAGGAGCAGGAGCAGCAACAGCCGCAAAUGACCAGCAGCGCGUCAUCGCCGACGGAACCAACGCCCAGGACCGUCGGCGUGACCAGGAAGUCGUCGAGUCGGCUGUCGCGCAACUCCGACAUCUUCGAGGAAUUGGAAUCCAGGCUGCCGAGGAAAGCGAGCGCGACCUCGCUGUCGCCGGACAGCUUGGAUGUCACGACGACGUCGCGUGGCAACGCGGAGAUGGCCGCCGCCGUCGAGGAACAGCCAGAAGUCAGAUGGGUGUCGGUCAACAGACGGCCGUCCAACCGGAUAUCCAAGGGCUCCGACGUGUUCGAGGAAUUGGAGGCGAAGCUGCCGCGCAGGAGGUCCUCGUCGAAUCGACUGUCCAAGUCGCCGGACAGCCUGGACUCGUCUCCCGGCUGCUGGUUCUCAAAGUCCACCGAAGAGGGCUUCGACAAACUGGCCGAGUACGAGGUUAAGCCGGUGCCUUCAGUCAGAAGACUGUUGCCGAUUUCCAAAUCCACCGACCGCGUCUCCAAGUCGUCGGACAGUCUGGAGGCGAUCGAACCGCUGGUAAGCGACGACUCGAUCGAGCGGCGACGGAGCAGCUUCGACUUCCGGGCGCGCAGGAGCUCGAAGGCGAUGUCCAAGUCGUCGGAGAGCUUCGACUUGCUCGAGCAGAGCGGCUGCGUCGACGAGGAGGUCGGCCACGAGUUGCAGAAGAGGAGCAGCGUGUCCGACAUCAAUCUGUCGCGCGGUAGGAGGCUGUCGAAGAGCAUCUCCAAGUCGUCCGAGAGCUUCGAGAAGAUCGACAUGAGCGAGAUGAAGGAUGAUGCCGAAGCAGAGGUGAUGUUGGACGACGACGUUCCGAAGAGCGGCAAACGAUCGACGAAGAGAAUGUCGUCCGAGAGCUCGGACAAUCUGGAGGUGGAGGAUAGGUUAGAGAACAGGAGGGUCAGAAGGACGCCGAAGAGGGUGCCGAGUACCAGUAUGAUGGACGUAGUGGCUUCCGGCGACGAUCACGACGGAGAAAGGCGGCCGACUCCUACCAGAAAGCCGCCGAGGCUCCAGAAAUCCUCCGAGAGCUCGGAGCUGGGCAGCACGGAUACUCUGGAUUCGGACAGGAGAAACAAGUCGUCGGAGAGUACCGAGACGCUGGACAGUCUGGAGAAGGAUCUUGAACAAGACCGGAAGGACGAGGAGAUCACGGACGUGGUAGACAGACGCGAGAAAAAUGACUCCUGGUCGAGCAGAAAUGUGGCGGUGACCGAUUCCGACCAGACGUCAACGGGCGACGACACCGAGAACUCCAAGUCGCUCAUCUCCGCCGACAACAAGUAUUAUUGGCGUCAGUCCUCCGAGCCGGUGUCCAAAGAGAACUUGGGUAUCCAGCAGUUGCUGGCCAUCACUAUUAUGACCAGGAUGGCCGAUAACGGCAACAAUCAGCGCGGUUCCAUUUAUCCGAAGAAAAAGCAGCAGAGCACGUCGCAACCGACGUCGCCGGUGGCUAAACAGGAGGACACGAAGAUGCUGUUCGACAAUCUGCUGGUGAACAACAAGAACGACGAGGACCUGCAGAACAUGCUCAACGGAAACAUAUCGGAGGUGUCCACCGACACCAAGAGCUUUAAAGAGAAGCUGAUCAUGUUCGAGAAACUCGGGAAAUGAACGCGCUUCGAAAGAGCAAUGUGGAAUCGUUCUUUUUGCAAUUCUUUGUCCGAUUAGAGGGACGUUUCAAUGGCGGUCGAAGCGUAAAGGAAAAAAAAAAGACGAAGACACGGGAAACAUGAGAAGAGAUAAACGAUCUCGUUUAGCGCUUGGUAAAUGUAUACAUAUUGUUGUAGAGUACACGUCUCCUAUAACGUUUUUGCGUGCAACCACUUGGAUCACGGAACAUAGUAAAAGCGAACGAAAAUAAAGAUUAGGUUGCAGAUAAUUAUUUCUUGUAGAAGAUUUCGAUUUAUCAGAGAAUUCGAAAUAGAAAAAUAGAUUUGAUGAGCAAUCAUGCGAAAAGUAAUGAAUCGAAACGUUAUUUUAAAUAUUUCUCUCGUAUUGGAUAAAUUUUUGAAGUAUCAUAAGAGAAACAUUUGGUACUUGGAUUAUUUCUUAUCAUUUAUGUGCAUGUUAUUAUCGAUAUGUAAUCGUAUACAACGUCUUGGUAUUUGCAAAAAUCAACAUUCAGUUUCAUGUUGCUAGCACCCGACUCUAUUUUGUCGCCGAUACAUUUAUUGAAGAAACAAUCACUCGUCAUCGAGGAGAGAAAUCAUUCGCGGCGACAUUUUUCAACUCUCGCCCGUUCGUGUUUUCCUACACGAUUGAAACGUGACACUUUGUUGAGAUUACACCUGAUCACGAUGCUCAUCACAGUGGAACGCAUUCGCGAAUGCGUGUACAUUCUCGUACAGAGAGCUUUAGCCUGCAGAUAGUUGUACAGUAAUUUAGCAGAGAUGUGAUCCUCGACGUGACGCAUUUAUAAAUAUCGUGUAUUAUCCCGUAUCGUGUAAAUACGAAAAAAAAUAUCUAUGAGUUAUCACUUUAAAUCCUGAAGAAAAAUAUAUAUAUAUAUAUAAAUAUAUGUAUCACUAUAGUAUUAACGUUGAUAAAUGUAGAAGAGACAGAAAGAGGGGUAUAAAAGCUAUACGGCUAAAAAUCUAAGAAGCGUUAUGCGAGCAACUGUAUUUUCGAUGCUCGCAAACUCUGUUUUAUUCUAUACAAAGGUGUAUUACUCCCCACCAACAAAACUUGCCUACAGAUUGCCUACACGUAGUAUAUGUAACCGAAUUAUGCGAAAAUGGGCCCACACAGUUCUUCGUCGAAAAAGUGAUAUUAAUAUAUACCUAGCUUGAACUUAAUUGAAAUCCCUGUAAGAGAUUGUUGAGAGAAAAAUGAUAUACGGAAAAUGCGGUAUUGCGGAUAAUUGAAUUGAAACAUGUGCUUAUCGUGAAACUUCGUUUUUGAAAAAGCAUAGGGAACUAUGUACACAGCAUAUCUUGCACUCGUCGAAUUUCAUGAGGGGAAAAAAAAAAA